UCUUAGGAACAUUAGCAUUAGAACUUCAGGAAAAUUAUAUCAAAAUGAUCUCUAAGGUUUUGUGCAUCGCGGCCCUUGCUGCUGUAGCGGUUGCGUACCACGACAAUGGUCAUGGACAUGGUCAUGCCUUCUCAUCGCAGCACAUCUCUCGUCACGACGGACCUGCCGAAGUGGUGCAUGUACAAGGCCACGAUGGAAAAGGCCAUGGACACGAUGGCGGUCACGGACAUGGAUCUAUAGACUACUAUGCGCACCCCAAAUACGAGUUCGACUACAAAGUAGAGGACCCGCACACGGGUGACAAGAAGCAUCAGCAUGAGUACAGAGAUGGCGAUGUGGUGAAGGGCGUGUACAGCCUGCACGAGCCAGAUGGCUCUGUCAGAGUUGUUGAGUACCACGGUGAUAAGCACAGCGGUUUCCACGCCGACGUGAAGCACAGCACUCACCAUAUAGUUCCUAAGCACGAAAGUUUAAAUGGGUAUAUAAAGUCUCUGGUGAUCGCUGUUGCUACCGUCCUUGCUUUGGCAUCUGGACAACACAAUGGUUAUGGAUACGGUCGCGGGCAUGCGCAAUCAUCACAAAGCAUUGUCCUGCAACAGAACCACGGACAGAUACACAGAGCGCCAGCUGUGGUACUGCAACACCAGCCCACUCAUUACACUGGACAUUAUGACAACCACCAGGACUACUACGCGGCCCCUCACUAUGCGUUCGAGUACUCGGUAGCAGACCACCACACUGGUGACAUCAAGUCCCAGCACGAGACACGCGAAGGCGACGCUGUGCAGGGAGCUUACAGCUUGCACGAGGCCGACGAUUUAACGCCGUCGUACACCGUGAGGGUCACGCUACUCAUGCUGUGCCAGUACAACACCAUUAUUAAUUAUUGUGAUUUGUCCCUAAUUAUCAGUACAAUACGGUACACAGUUCAGUUAUUUACGAGAAUGUUUUCAAAGAUGAUUGUAUUGGCUUUCGCUUUGGUUAUGGUUGCGCAUCUUCAUGCCUAUGAACAUGCGUAUUCAUCGAAUCAUAUCUCGCGUCAUGAUGGUCACCAUCAUGAAGUUCACCACGGACACGAACACCAUCAUCACCAUGACUACUACACGCACCCUAAAUACGAGUUUGAAUAUAAAGUAGAGGACCACCACACCGGCGAUAUCAAGUCGCAGCACGAGCACCGCGACGGCGAUGUUGUGAAGGGAGGCUAUUCUCUGCACCAACCUGAUGGCUCUGUCAGACAUGUUGAGUACCACGGUGAUGAUCACAGCGGAUUCCAUGCGGACGUUAAAUACAGCACUCACCACAUUGUACCAAAACAUUACCAUCAUCAUUAUUAGAAGACAAUAAUUGUUAUUUCUUUUUAUUCUUGUUUUUUAAAGUAAUAAACAAUUCUGCUCCAAA